AUGAGGACAAAAAAUCCUAUGGCUAAAAAGCCACAACAAAUUUUAUUUUCUAAAAAUACAUAUGGACAUAAAACUAAAGUAGAGAAUUGGGAUUAUGAGAUACAUGCAGAAAAGAAAGAUAAUUAUGUGUAUCGCGAUUACUUAAGCAACCACAUCAGUACUUACACGCGUUGGGGAAAUCAAGAUCAAGGUAUUGGCAAAACAGAAACGCACAGUAUGCUUGAACAAGUAUUUACAAAAACUGACCCCAUUUACGCUUUUAAACCACUUGUUAACUUUACAUCGUAUCCUUGUACAGACACGCCUGGUAGAAAUAAGUUGAUGAAGAAAGCUGAUUUGCCCCAACUGCCUAGUGAUUUUGGUGUAAUGGAUUACCUUACUACUCAACAAGACGACUACAGGAGUCCAUAUCCAGGAGUGACAAAACCGUUAACAAUGGCAACUCCAAUAUGGUUAAUGAAUCGCGUAAUCCGCUCCGAUCUAACUCAUAACCAUGGUACAGCUCCGCCCAGAGGUGACUACCAAUGCUUGGACACCCAUACUCCAAUAGGGCAUAUUCGAGAAAUGCGUCUAUUUCGAUAUCAAUCUUUUAAUCCAGCCACCUGCCUUCAAGAUUUUCCAAAACUGUAGUUAAUUUCAGCGAUAAAUAAAAGAA